AUGGAUCACUAUUUAACGACAUAUCGCAAGGACUACCUGUGGCCUAAUCUACCAGGGUCUGGCGGCAGCGAUGGUGGAAUAGCCGAAGUCCCCAAAUUAUCAGGACAAGAACUAGCAUUUUACCAAGCAUGUAUGCAGCAUACGAGACCACCAGAUUGUCGCUGUCCGCAGUAUUCUGGCGAAGAGGUACAACUUCCACCAGGAAAAGAGGGGGGAUGGAGUCGAAAUGAGUUAAUGGGUCCCAUGCUAGAUCCAAAGUUGUAUCCGGUAAAAGUUGGAGCGAGUCCGGAGACUGCAUCGUCGAGAUACGAUCAGCCCAACGCUUUCCUAGACAAGUUGCAGUCGAAAUAUCCAAUGCUAUACAGCAUCCUCCAGAAUGAAGCUUCACCUGAAUUGAAACAGAGGAUAGAUCGCGACAGAAAUAAAACUACCUACCAAGUAGAUUUCUGUGAAUCAGGUCCUGGUGCAAAGUUUGAGGGUCUUCAAAGAGCGGCUGACGAGAGCGGAGCAGGACCCUGUGCACAGCCCAUGAGGUUGCCAGGAGACCCGUGCAGAGUGGGUCCAAAACCUAGAAUGACCACACCCAAGACUAUCUCCAAGCAAGGAGGUGGUGGUGCUAGCGAUCCUAGAGCUAAAUGCGAAACCACAUCCGCUGUACCACCGCUGGGCAAGACAGAGUACCAGGAUAACGUGUCUAAGCUCGGCGGAAUCAUCAUGCGAGACAAACUCCACCGAAAAUAG